CACACAAAGCCAAAGCCAAAGCCUACCAGAGAGAAUUUGGGAUACCUAUAAUACCUCUUCAUUUUCUCCCCCAAAACUCUCCCCCCUCCUUCAAGCCAAAAAACCAAAAAAACAAAAACAGAAAUCUCUCUCUUUCUCUCUCGUUGGGGGACAUCAAACAUCUGACAUCAUGGCAAAUUCAGCAUCAGGAAUGGCAGUGCAUGAUGAGUGCAAGCUCAAGUUUCUGGAUCUGAAGGCCAAGAGAAAAUACAGGUUCAUAGUGUUCAAGAUUGAGGAGAAUAUCCAGCAGGUGACUGUAGAUAAGGUCGGUGGCCACAACGAAACCUACGACGAUUUCAUCGCCUCCAUCCCUGCCAACGAGUGUCGUUAUGCUGUCUUUGAUUUUGACUUCACAACCGAUGAGAAUUGCCAGAAGAGCAAGAUUUUCUUCAUUUCUUGGUCACCCGACACGUCGAAAAUAAGAAGUAAAAUGUUGUAUGCGAGUUCCAAGGACAGAUUCAAGAGAGAGCUGGAUGGAAUUCAAGUUGAAUUACAAGCAACAGAUCCCAGUGAGAUGAGCUUUGACAUCAUCAAAGGAAGAGCUAUCUGAAUCCCACCAGCAAAGCUAAAAAAAUUCUCUUUGCAACCAAACAUAAUUUUUUACCCCUACAUUUUAUUACCCCACCUCAGGGCUAAGUUACUUUUUCUCACCCCUUAUUUGUCAAAUUCACCAUUAGUUUUCAUUGGGUGAAUUGUCAUGUUGACACUUGUCUUUGUUAUAUUUUCAUUAUGUUAUUUAUUUAGUUUUUUUCGGCCAAAACUGUAGAAAUCCAUUUCUACUGUGGUCUUUCUUCCAUUUUAAGCCUUUUCAAUUUCACAUGAAUUACUUCAAUUAAGAGUUCACAAUGAUA